AUGAAGCUCGCUAGCACUGUGAUGUUGUCUACCAUUACCACUAUGGUAGUUGCCAGAAAUACCCUCCAGAAAAAACAUUCGACGGGUGCUAUUGGUCUCAACAACGCAUUGUUUUUUCAAGCUGGCAAUGAAGUUCAGUCUAAUACUGAUGGAAAUGGACAAAAUAAUCCAUAUGCAGCCAAUAAUCCCAUACCUAAUCCCAAUCGAUCACCUUGUUCUGGUAAUCCAGGUAUUCCAUGCAACAAAAACCCACCACCACCAAACACGCCCAAAUCCAACAUUGGUCGUCCACCUUGUCCUGGUAAGCCAGGUACUCCAUGCAACAAAAACCCACCACCACCAAACACACCCAGGUCUAACAUUGAUCAACCACCUUGUCCUGGUAAGCCAGGUACUCCAUGCAACAAAAACCCACCACCACCAAACACACCCAGGUCUAACAUUGAUCAACCACCUUGUCCUGGUAAGCCAGGUACUCCGUGCAACAAAAACCCACCACCACCAAACACACCCAGGUCUAACAUUGAUCAACCACCUUGUCCUGGUAAGCCAGGUAUUCCAUGCAACAAAAACCCACCACCACCAAACACACCCAGGUCUAACAUUGAUCAACCACCUUGUCCUGGUAAUCCAGGUAUUCCAUGCAACAAAAACCCACCACCACCAAACACGCCCAAAUCCAACAUUGAUCAACCACCUUGUCCUGGUAAGCCAGGUACUCCAUGCAACAAAAACCCACCACCACCAAACACACCCAGGUCUAACAUUGAUCAACCACCUUGUCCUGGUAAGCCAGGUAUUCCAUGCAACAAAAACCCACCACCACCAAACACGCCCAAAUCCAACAUUGAUCAACCACCUUGUCCUGGUAAGCCAGGUACUCCAUGCAACAAAAACCCACCACCACCAAACACACCCAGGUCUAACAUUGAUCAACCACCUUGUCCUGGUAAGCCAGGUACUCCGUGCAACAAAAACCCACCACCACCAGACACACCCAGGUCUAACAUUGAUCAACCACCUUGUCCUGGUAAGCCAGGUACUCCAUGCAACAAAAACCCACCACCACCAGACACACCCAGGUCUAACAUUGAUCAACCACCUUGUCCUGGUAAGCCAGGUACUCCAUGCAACAAAAACCCACCACCAUCAAACACACCCAGGUCUAACAUUGAUCAACCAUCAUUUUAUAGUCCUCCCCCAUCGACACCACAUAGUGGGCACCAAGAAAACACUUCAACAUCUUUUGAAUCUAAUUUUGAUGGUGACUCGUUAACUCCAGACUUGUCAAAAUCUGAUAUUGCUGAACAUCCUAACCCUGAUUUUGACAGUACACCAAAAAGCCCAAGUUUUUCAAAACCUAAGCUUUAUAGCCAUCCUAAACCUGAUUUUGACAGUACACCAAAAAGCCCAAGUUUUUCAAAACCUAAGCUUUAUAGCCAUCCUAAACCUGAUUUCGGCAGUACAUCAAAAAAACCAAGUCUUCCAAAAUCUGGGAUUCGUGAAUAUUCUAAACCUGAUUUAGACGAUGAUGAUGAGCUGGAUGAUACCGAUUCUUUGCGUACAAAGUCCAAUGGUAAGAAAUCAAAGGAUGAUGAUGAUCUGGAUGAUACCGAUUCUUUGCGUACAAAGUCCAAUAGUAAGAGUUCAAAGGAUGAUGAUCUGGAUGAUACCGAUUCUUUGCGUACAAAAUCCAAUAGUAAGAGUUCAAAGGAUGAUGAUGAGCUAGACGACGAUUUUGAAAGUGAUGGUCAUAUGAUACCAUACAGUAAUAAAUCCUCAGUAACUUCAAGCUCGAGCUCGACCAAAACGUCUAGCUCCGAUCCUUCAACAAAGACUGACAGUCCAUUAGACAAGCAUCGUAAAAAGCUAUCCAAAACUCCACAGUAUAGCAAUAGAGAUGAAAUCAUCGCCUCGAGUGCCUUUAUUUCAAGUGUUUCAACAUUUACUACUACUCUUGCUGCUCUUGUUCUUCAAUUCAUCAUAUUGUAG